CACGGGUCUGGAGGGUUCUUGUGCAGAUCAAACGAUACAAACAUGUCCCAGUGGAUAUUCUCAGUGCAUGAGUACAACAGCUGUGACACAAGUUGGCAUUAGUUCUAAAGUGAGUUCUAAGAAUUGUGCUGUUGCCUGUCAAAAUGUGUCCAUGAACUUCAAUAUCUCAAAGAUGACUAUGUCCUGCUGUAACACGGACCUGUGUAAUGCCAAAGAUGCUCCAGAUCCCAGCACUAACGUCCCCAAUGGAAAGAAAUGUUUCUCUUGUGAUGGGAACAGCUGCUCAAACAUAAUGAGCUGUUCAGGGACUGAAGACCGCUGCAUUAAAGCAACAGGGACUUUCGGAAGCCAGUCAUGGGUUGUAAAAGGUUGUGUGUCUAAAUCUGUUUGUGAUGCCACAGCAUUGGUUCCUAAUGUAGAUGGCAUCUCAUGUUGUGAGGGGAACCUGUGUAAUGGUGCUCAGAGUGUCUCCCAGAGCUUCCUGUUCCUCUGCUGUUCUCUGCUCUCCUACUUCCUGCUGCACUGAACCCAGCAGCUCUUCACAUCCUACAAUGAGACAUAUACAGUAUAAAUAUAGAGCAUAUACAGUAUAUAUAUAUAUAUAUAUAUAUAUAUAUAUAUAUUAUGAAAUAAAUUAUAUUCAGGACUGCAAUAACAAAAAUCAAUUCAUCUUUCAGGAGAAAAAAUAUGACCAUUAUUUAUUUUUUCAAAUAAAAAAAAGAAAAUCAUGUUUAGUUUUUCAUGAAUUUGUAAAACAAUAAUUGCGUUCUCAAUAUCAGGAUUUUCCUGUUCAGUUAAAGAUCACAAAAGCAACAGGAGAAAUAAUCAAAUAUCAUGAUAAAAUUUUACAAAUACUUUUGUCUGUCAUUUCACCUCCUGCACAUUAUGCAAUAAAAAAUGUUCUGUAUACUACUCAGUUUUAAGUGCUAAUUAUUAUAUCUGACAAUAAAUAAAUAGCAAUUUGAUAGCUUGUGCUCUAUUAAUAAUUUUAAAGGGAGGUUCUAAUGCUAUUUCAUGCAUUUCGACUUAUUUACACUGUUAAAGAGUUGGAUUCUCUUGCUAGACACUUUACAAUACGGGUGCACUAAUAUGCAUUAAUUCAUGCUUAACUAAUGCACAGAUAAUCAUGAGUUAAUGUAUGACUCAUGAAGAA